AUACUCUCGUGGCGUCACGUGACAGACAGCGAGCCGUUUGCUGCUGUGCUAAAGCCACUUGCAGUUGGUUAAACAGAAGCUCGGCUUUUCGGACUCUGUCAUGCUUCCUAUAGUUCUGCUCCUCCUGGCCGUGGGCUCGCUCCCUGGGAAAGGCACAGCGGGGAAAAAACUGGAAUAUGUAACCGUGUUGUUUCGACAUGGUGACAGAUCACCAGUCAAAGCCUAUCCCACUGACCCACACCAAGAGAGCGCCUGGCCUCAAGGCUUUGGACAGCUAUCACAGGAAGGGAUGCGGCAACACUUAGAGCUGGGUCAAUUUCUGAGGAAGCGUUAUGACGGCUUUCUCAAUGAAAGCUAUGUCCGACAUGAGAUCUCAGUUCGCAGCACAGACUAUGAUCGCACCCUGAUGAGUGCCGAGGCCAACCUUGCAGGUCUUUACCCUCCCAAUGGUGAGCAGGUCUUCUCACCAAACAUAAAGUGGCAGCCCAUCCCUGUCCACACAGUUCCACAAAGUGAAGAGAGGCUGCUGGCCUUUCCUCAGAGAGAUUGCCCUCGUUUCGAAGAGCUCAUGAAGGAGACUGAACAAACGGAAGAAUUCAUUAACAUCACAGCUGCUAACAAGGACAUAAUGGAGUUGGUGCGGAAUAAAACGGGAUUGAAGACGACGACUGUGGAUUCAGUCUGGAGUGUGUACGACACACUCUUUUGUGAGUCACAUCAUAACAAAUCAGCUCCUGAUUGGGUGACUCCUUCUGUCUGGGCAAAGCUCCGCUUUCUGAAAGACUUUGGAUUUCGGGUUUUAUUUGGGGUCUACAAUCAGCAGGAGAAGAGUCGGCUGCAGGGAGGGAUCUUAUUGGGUGAAAUAGUAAAGAAUCUUUCCCGAGCGGCUGUAUCUGAAGAAACGCAGCGUCUGAAAAUGAUGAUGCUUUCUGCGCAUGACACCACUGUGGCAGCUCUGCAGGUCAGCUUGAAUGUCUUCAAUGGCAGACAACCACCGUAUGCGUCCUGUCACAUGAUUGAGCUAUAUUCGGAUGAUGGCGGGUCUAUGUCGGUGUCCAUGUUUUACCGAAAUGACAGCACAGUUGAGCCGUAUGCCCUUCAGUUGCCAGGUUGCUCCAUCGACUGCCCCCUGGAGGAGUUUGUGAAAAUUACAAAGCUCUCUCUUUCUGAUGACAGAGAGAGAGAGUGUCAGGUGGCUUCAAGUGGGAACAAUAAAGAGGUGAUCAUCACUCUGGCAGUGUCGGGCUGCCUGUUGCUGGUCCUCAUCGUCAUCCUCUUCCUGUCCAUCAUUCGACACAAGGAGCCGUUGGGUAACCAGGGAUAUCGUCGGAUCACCAACCACGGGGUCGCUGAGGAGUCCUGACAGAAGUGCAAGGUCCUCAAUUGCAGACCAACGAGCUCCCCAUCGUGGGACAGCAGCGAUGAUGAUGAUGAUGAACUUUGACCUCUUCUACGGAGCGUCGUCGGCUCUGGUUUUUAACCCACUGUGGGUGUUUUUUUUUCUUUUUUUUUGACUACCAAGUUUGGGGUUGGAGAAACGUACAAAUGUCUCCCAAAGCUGUCACGAUGACAAAUUCUUGGAGCAACCUUGACAGAUGUUUACCUUUUAACAUUUUAGUUUUUUUGCUUGUGCUUUUCUGAUUUGUAUCCAAGUUGAUGGGAUCGAUGGUAUUAUUCUGUUUGGUGCAAUUGUGCGAAUGAAAGUCAAGAAUGUGUACCGAGAGAUUGUACAUUUCUUACUUGCAAAUGUUUUCAUUGUUGUUUGAAUUUUGGAAUUUGUUAGGCAUAGGUCAAACUAAGGCCAAAUGACCAUUAUGCCUUAAAUAAUUGCAGUCAUCAUAGUUUUCUGAUGUGGCUUGUUUAUGAACCCUAUGUGUUCACAUAAUUUGAUUUUGAAAAUGUAUCAAAAUUUCUCGUAGCUAGAUUAUGAUAGCUGGAUAAUGUGGUUAGUUAAUUUGGCACAUUUGGCUAAAAUAAAAAUACAUUCGGUGAACUGCUGCACAUGUGCUUGUUUUUAAACUGCGUUAAUCGGUUUUUAUGACUGUAAUAUGUGGUCUGGUUUUGUGUUGUUGUGUGACCAUGCUUUUUAAUAUUUCCACCAACUCAAAUGGUUUGACUUCAUCAAAGGAGUAGGAUGCUGUGUUUUGUGUCGGCACGUUUUAAACUGCUAGUAAGUUUUGCAACACUGGAAAAUAUUUCAAUGCAAACUUCACUAUGAUUUGAUGUUUACUGCAGUCAGCAGAUGUAAUUGUGAUGUUUUAUUAUAAACGGGAGCACAUAAAAAAAAUUGGUCUUGUUCUCAA